AUGUCGCAGGAAGAUGUCGAGUGGUUCAAAUCCACCUUCCACCCCAUCCCUAAACCGGAACUGCCCGAUGACAGUGUCGAUUACUCGCUCUACUAUAUCCCUUCGGACCCCACCCCUGGCGGCGUCGAAGUAGCAGACACGAGAGCACGGUUGACAGACGUGCAGCGUACUGCAGCGGAGCUGACCAAGGCUCUUUUGAAGGAUUAUAUAUGGCAGCGCGACUCUUUUCGCUUGGAAAUUACGAAAGAAAAUGGUAUCACGUCGUUGCGCGGGCGUACUAAUUUUGGAGACUCGAUCGAGGACGAAUGGGUGAUUGUGUACCUGUUGCGUGAAUUGGCCAAGAAGCACAAAGACAUCUGGGUCUCGGUCGUUGAUAGUGAUGGUCAAUUUCUUCUGGUCGAAGCAGCGGGUACCCUACCCUCAUGGCUUGAACCUGAAAUAGCGGAUAACCGAGUGUGGAUCCAUCAGGGACAACUUGUCAUCAUCAAACCAAAGGCAGACAGAAAAGGCAAGGUCACGGAAAAGUUAUCCCUUCUAGAAUCACGAAAGAUUAUAAUGGAGGAGCCCAGUCGGCUUAUGCGAUCGAAUAUGAUCCAGGAAGAGGCAUUUUACCGACUGCGAAAUUAUCCUAAACAAAUCAGCGAGAACCUUCAUUCGGCGCUGGUGACAAUCCCGCGCAAAAUCGCCUUUCUAUUACGUCAAAAACCAGCCUAUAUUUCAGCUGCGGUGGAAUCAUUCUAUCUCAGAGAUCCAAUCGCGUUACGGCCAUUGCGCACCAAGGGUACUGGCAGUUUUAUCUUUCCUCCGGAGGAUCUUGUUCCUGUCAGCGUCCGAUUUACAAGGGUUGGUUAUGCUCAACUCAAAAGCCAGGAUUUCCCAGCUCCCAAACCUUGGAUUUCCAAGCUGCCCACAAAGGAUGAUCAAAAAGCCUAUGAUUGUGCAGAGAUGGGGAUGAAACUUGCUUGUGGAUUUGAGAUGCUCCUUAGCGACCCACAAAAUCAGGAUAAGCCGUCUGUAAGAGAGAUCAAGCUGGUACUAGAGGACCUAGAUACUGGGGACGAGACGUUACCAACAGAUGAAGAGAUUACGACGUGGGACAAGCAUGAGGAUGAUGAGGCAUGGUUGGAUAUCAGCUACGAGGACCUCGACCGGGAGUUGAAAGGAAAGAGCGCGAACGAAGGCGGGCGCCACACAAAAGGAGGGUUUGGAGAUGGGAAUGCCCACGAAAACCUGCAGCGUAUAGUAUCGCGCUUUGAGGAAUUUUUGAACAAUGACUCAGCCGGAUUAGAAGGGGCUGACUUCAUUGACGACUAUGGUUCUGACUCUGACGGCGAUGACGAUGAAGAGUUGAGUAGUGAUGGAGAAGACAAAGAGGCCUCCUUUGACGAAGAAGAGUUUUCUAGGAUGAUGAAGGAAAUGAUGGGAAUGCCAUCAAUGCCUGGUCUUCAGAACUCCUCCAAGCCAUCGCCGUCGCAGAACAGAGUGGAGGAAUUGGACGAGGAAUCCGAAGACGACUACGAACAGAUCGAGCAGUUAUCGAAACAGAUGGAAACCGAGCUGAGGGGUACAGGGGUCCUUAACUUGAAUCGUCCCUCAGGCAAAAAGUCUUUGUCAGAGAAGAAUACAGAAGAGAAAAUUAGUACACAGGCCGGGGAAAGUGGAGAGGAUGAGGCAGAGCUGAGUGAGGAGGAUAUUAAUAUCAACCUGGCUAAAAACUUACUUGAAAGCCUUCAAAGUCAGGCGGGCACUGCAGGCCCCGCAGGAAACAUGCUUUCUAUGAUGAAUCUGCCGAUGCUUAAAGAUGACCGCCACCACCGCUGA